GUUUCUUCUCUCUGUCUCUCUGUCUUUCUCUUUCUUCUUUUAUAUUCUCCGACAAAAGGAAAAGUACAAGAAACCCAAAAAAAGAGUGUAGAAACUACAUUUGUUCUUCUUCUCUGUUCUGCUUCGAAAAUUAUGGGUUCCUCUGCUUCUAAAACCGCUUCUUCUGCUUCUUCUUUAACCUCGGAUUUGAAUUCACCUCCGGAGACGGAAUUCAACAUCCCGUCUUCGUCUGUCCCUAAACCUUUCACAUUUCCGAUGCCGUCGAUUCAUCAUCCACCGGCUAGAAAAGGCGACACGCACCACUUCGUGUCUCUUACGUCGACCACUUACGGUUCUCUUCUUCUCGACGGAGCUUCCGACAGACAAACAUUGCCUCAUAUCUCCGUUACCGGGAAGAAUAACAAGAAGAUGCCUGAAACAGAAGAGGCACGCGACUCGUUGUCUCCUGACUCAGUGAUCAACACUUGGGAGCUCAUGAACGGCCUCGACGACGAUUUCGAUUCGGAGAAUUCCGAUACAAGUAAGCGUCACUCCGUCGUAAAUUUGGAUUCUUUUUCUAAACCCAUCAAGAAUCGAGACGUGGUUAUUAAUGGGUCUUCGUUGAAAUUGGACGAAUCUUACGAAGAUGACGAAGAUUGGAGAUUAUUGCCUUUUAAACCUAAGCAACCUCUGUGGAAACAUAUGUCUGAAGAAUCAUUUCUCUCUGAUUUAGAUCCUAACAUUAUCUCAUCUUACAAGAAAGCAUUGUCUUCUAAACAACUAAGCAAAAACAGUAGUAAUGGGGACAAAAGCGGGAAAGCUCUCUCUUGCAGCCACUCAAAUCAAUCGACUUUACCAGAAUCUGUAUCCUCGAGUCCACUGAGUUUUCAGACUUCGGAAGAAGACCAAGAGAAACCAAGAUUGCUUGAAAAAGAAGAUAACAAGAACAAAAUAGUAUUGUACUUCACUAGCCUCAGAGGAAUUCGAAAGACGUAUGAAGAUUGUUGUUGCGUUAGAACGAUAUUGAGAGGGUUUCAGGUUGCAGUUGAGGAACGCGACAUCUCAAUGGAUUCCGAAUAUAGAAAAGAGCUUCAGAAUGCACUCGGUGAAGAGAAACCGGUUUGUUUGCCUCAGGUGUUUAUAAGAGGUGUCCGCAUUGGUGGAAUUGAGGAGAUCAAGAUACUCAACGAUGGAGGCGAACUGACAGAGAUGUUAAAAGAUUUCCCUGCUUGUGAAUCCGUGGGAGCCUGCGAAAGCUGCGGGGAUGCAAGGUUUGUGCCGUGUACUAAUUGUGGUGGUAGUACUAAAGUGUUUGAGGAACAAGAAGAUGGGUUUAAGAGAUGCAAUGGAUGCAAUGAGAAUGGAUUGGGCACUAAAGUUACAGCACAAUCGCCUUUGACUACAUCACCUGCCUGCUCAUUGGCUACCAUCCAAGUCUGUUGCAAACUUCAUACGCUGUCACCUCCCUUCACUCUACUCACGCUUGACGCUUUGCUUCAUUCCCCGAGACCGAGAGAGACGAUGGUGGGUAAAGGGAAGGAGAUAGCGGUUGUACAGUCCAUUGAUAAACCAAGUGUGGAGUGUCACAAAUAUUACCUGGCACGUCGAACAACCAUGGAGAUGCUUCGAGACAGAGGAUACGAUGUCUCUGACGAAGAUGUUAACUUCUCCCUCGAGCAAUUCCGAGCGCUCUACGGCGAACAUCCUGACGUAGAUCGACUUCGUAUAUCAGCCAAGCAUCGCUUUGAUUCUUCGAAAAAGAUUACGGUUGUGUUUUGUGGAACUGGUAUGGUUAAGGUCAAUGCGAUGCGCGUCAUUGCAGCAGAUGUACUUAACCGAGAAAGUAUAACCGGACUGAUACUGGUUUUGCAAAGCCAUAUAACAAAUCAAGCUCUUAAAGCCGUUGAACUUUUCUCGUUUAAGGUCGAGUUAUUCGAGAUAACCGAUUUGCUGGUUAACGUAACCAAACAUGUCUUGAGGCCAAAACAUCAGGUUCUGAAUGAUAAAGAGAAGGAAUCACUUCUCAAGAAAUACAGUAUCGAGGAGAAACAAAUUCCUCGGUUAUCGAGCAAAGACCCGAUUGUGCGAUACUAUGGACUAGAAACAGGGCAAGUCAUGAAGGUCACAUACAAAGACGAGCUCAGUGAGUGGCAUGUUACAUACCGAUGCGUCAUCUUCACGGCCAAGUCUUUGCUCCUCCAGUCUGGCCGCCUUAAGCUGAUGCUCUUGCUCCUUCACGGAGAAGAGACGAUGAGCGACGUCACCGGUGAUCUCGCGGCGGUGAGUGAAGCUAAGGGCGGUUCUGACGCCGCCAGGAUCUCGGAGGUGAAAGCGUGGCUCACCUCUCAGUUCGAAGCUGCCGGCAAAGAAGUCCCCAAUUUCGAGUACACUCAUCGAAGCAUUACCCAUCUGUAUAAUCUCGCUACCGCUUCUCAAGCUAAGUCUCAAGCUGCCACCAUUGUCGCUAACGAUUUUCGUCUGAAAGCUUCAGAAUACCGUGCUCAAGCGGCUAGGAUUAGAGAGAUAUUGGAGAGUGCAGGAAUGUCACAAGAGAGCUUACCAUCAAAUGUGGUCUCUUCAGCUCAAGUUCUUGCAAAUGUGGCAAAUUUGUUGAACAUACGGGACACUGAACUGAGCAGUUUCCUUGUAGCAAUGGGAGACAUAUCUCUGAGGAAGACUGGAGUGGAAGAGAAAAGGGCUAAAGCACAGAAGGAGUCCAAUGCUCUUCUUGACUAUACAAGGAAAGCUAUACAGAGGCUGACCUAUUUGAAGAAAAUCCUUGCGCAGCUAGAAGACGAUGUAGUCCCUUGUGAAUCACAGAUGGAGAACUGGAAAACAAAUUUGGAAGUAAUGGCGGUGAAGGAGGAACAAUACAUACAGCAGUACAAGAAGUAUGAGAUGUUACUCAAUCGUGUUGGCUACACUCCUAAGAUCAGCCACAGAGAGCUGGUAGAAAUGGCAGAGCACCGGAAGGAAUUGGACAAGAUGACAAAACCCGUCCUUGAUACUCUAAGAAGCUACCAGGAUUUACCUCCGGACAAAGCUCUGGCUGCACUAGCAAUCGAAGACAAGAAAAGACAGUUUGCAGCCGCGGAAAAGUAUCUAGAAGAAGUAUUACAAUCAGCCCUUGAGACAAACGAUGAGUGAUCGAUAUAAAACCGGAAAAUAUUC